AUGCGGAAGGGUGAUUACAAAUAUUUAGACCAGAAAAACGAAGCUCUAGCUCUCAUGGAACAAGCCGACUGUGAUAUCCAUCGGCCUUGUGGACCCGAAGAAUGGGGGAAAUUACAACAGGUGUUAGUCCCUCGCUAUCGGUUGAAAAUAUUCCAGUUCAAGUCCACCUCCUCUAAACUCAGUUUAGAGACCCUUUACAAAGGCUACGGAGAGGGAACUUGUUUGAAUGUCCUGUUAGACGACCAUCAUUACGAUGCCAUCAUAUCUAUGCCUGGUGUGACGGGCAAUCAAUACUACUGUGAUCAUUGCGACGUGGGCUACAGUCAUAUUGAACACCAUCGUACCCAGUGUCCUCACCGAUGUUCCUUUUGUUUAACUAACACUCCCUGCCCUCCAGACGGGAGCCGCAUUCAAUGUAGCCAGUGCCAGGGAUUUUUUCAGAGUAGGACUUGCUACGAAAACCAUCUACAGCCUCACAGUAUGAAUACGGCCACCACGAAACAAUGUAAGAUCUGUAAGAAAACCGUAGACACGGAUCAUCAGUGCUACGUUCAACUCAAGCCCGAGAAAAAGAAAAAGAAAGGCAAAGAGACCUUACAGUUCAACAUCUAUUUCGAUUUCGAAUGUACGCAGGAAACCGGCAUCCACGUCCCUAACCUGUGUGUGGCACACCGCGUAUGUCAACAUUGCGGUCACUUACCCAUAGAAGAUCCCUGUCCUCACUGUCGACACAUGGGACCCCGUCAACACGUGUUCCGAGGGCCAGAGACCUUAAGGCAGUUCAUGGACUGGUUAUUACAACCCACUACAGGAAAUAAGAAUUCCGCCUUAUUACACGACGAGGCCAUCAUCAUCGCCCACAAUUUCAAAGGAUACGACGGACAGUUCAUUUUAAAUUACCUGGUUCAUUCCGCCUGCCUGAAACCUACCGUCAUCAUGAACGGCAGUAAAAUCUUAUCCAUGCAAAUCUGCGGACUGAAAUUCAUCGAUUCCUAUAAUUUUUUACCUUUUGCCCUGUCCAAGAUGCCCUCUGCUUUCGGAUUCACUGAACUGAAGAAAGGGUAUUUCCCUCACUUUUUUAAUACGGAACAGAACCAGAAUUACGUGGGGCCUUAUCCACCGGCAGCUUACUACAAUCCGGACGACAUGUCUAUAAGUGGACGACAGGCUUUUUAUCAAUGGUACGAACAACAAGCCGGAAAAGUGUUUGACUUCCAGAAGGAAUUUUUAGACUAUUGUAUUUCAGACGUCGAUAUUUUACGACGAUGCUGUGCUCAGUUUAGAGCCACCCUCAAGAGCUUGGUCCAUGUAGACCCCUUCCAGGAAUCCAUCACUUUUGCCAGUGCGGCCAAUUUAGCUUACCGUCGAGGAUUCAUGCCCAAAGAGACCAUUGCCAUCAUUCCCAACCUGGGGUAUCAGCCUGCGCGUCGAUAUUCCGCCAAAGCCUGUCGGUGGUUAAGCUGGAUGAGUCACCAGACCGGAUCUCACAUCCAACAUGCUAGAAACGGGGGAGAAGUCAAGAUCGGAAGUUAUAUCGUCGACGGAUACCAGGAAGCCACUCGCACCGUCUACGAAUUUUACGGAUGCUAUUGGCACGGAUGCCCCACCUGCUAUCCGAAUUUACAGACCGAAAGUCAUCCUCACCGGACCCAAUUUACCUAUGAACAAUUACACGAGGAAACUUUAAGACGGAGUUCUGUUUUAGAGGAAAUGGGGUACUCCCUCCGUAGCAUCUGGGAGCACGAAUUCGAUCAACAGGUACAAAGAGAGGUAACUCUACAGAAUUAUGUACGAGACCUGGACAUUCCAGAUCCUUUGAACCCCCGAGACGCCCUGUACGGAGGUCGGACUAAUGCCACUAAAUUAUAUUGUGAGGAGGGGGACAUGAGAUACGUGGACGUCUGUUCCUUAUACCCUUACGUAUUAAAACACAGACUUUUCCCCCUAGGCCAUCCUCAGAUCAUAACAGACCAAUUCCAGGACGUGAGAACUUAUUUCGGUCUCAUUCACUGUCGGGUCCUACCACCCCGAGGCCUCUAUCACCCCGUUUUACCUUAUCGCACGGGAGGCAAGUUAUUAUUUCCCUUAUGUCGAACGUGUGCGGAACGACAGGACUCUACCUCUAAACAUCGAUGUCAACACGCAGACCAGGAACGCAGUCUUACGGGUACCUGGGUGACUACAGAAUUACAUAAAGCCCUGGACAUGGGAUAUACCUUAGAGCGGAUUUACGAAGUUUGGCAUUUUUCACAAAGCAGUCGAGAUUUAUUCAGAUCUUACAUCGAUACCUUCUUAAAGAUCAAACAGGAAGCUUCUGGAUUCCCACCUGAUUGUCAGACGGAGGAACAGAAACUAGAUUACAUUCGUAAAGUCUUAGGCAGAGAAGGGAUCAGGAUGGACCUGUUAAAAGAGGAACUACAGCAACUCUUACAAGAUUCGACCAUUGACAUCAAAGGGAUAGAACUCUUAGAAAAUAAAGAGCAGGCCGAAUCGGACAUGAUGCUGGUCAAUUAUCAAGAGAAACAGGAAUUUGUGGAAGAGUGUCCCUUCGGAAACGUGGUGCUGGCCUGUUUCACUACCGCCCAUGCCCGAUUACACCUCUACGAGACUUUACAACCUUUGGGAGAUCGGGUCCUUUAUUUCGACACGGACAGUAUCAUAUACCAACAUGAGGAGGGACAAUUUAAUCCUACCCUUGGCAACAGUUUAAGAGAAUGGACAGACGAAUUAGACGGGGACCACAUUAUCAAAUUCAUGUCAGGAGGCCCCAAAAAUUAUGCUUACCUCACCGCCAAGGGAAAAUCCAUGUGUAAAGUCAAAGGAUUGACUCUCAAUUAUCGGGCCUCUCAGAUCGUGUCACCAGAGACUUUAGAAAAAAUGCUUCAGAAAGAAAUUGACGAAAUCCAAGUCUCGUAUCCCUACAAAAUACAGAGGACUCGUCAACAUGAAGUCAAGACAAUACCUUUAGAAAAACAAUAUAGAAUUGUCUAUGAUAAGAGACAAUUGAUGGAAGAUUAUAACACUUUACCUUAUGGUUAUUAA